AAGAAAGAAAAGAAAAAAGAGUGAUGUUGUGUUUGUUAUCUCACCAUGUCGGGUAUGAAAUGAGAAGAAUAAGAGUAGCUUGGUCUCUUUCGUUUGAAACGACGAGUUUAAUUACACGCACGGCGCUUUGAUCCUUCCUUCCUUCCUUGAUAGUUGCUACCGUGCGAGAGAGAUUGGAAGCGUGUGGCACUGGCAUUCCUUUCCGGAGCGGAGAAGAUGACCAUCGACUUGGAUUCGAUCGCUCGCCGAGUCGAGGUUGAUAAUCGCAUUCCCAUCCGCUAUUACUAUCGGAUUGCCGAUAACCUCCUCAAGCAGGCAACUAUCUACCGGGAGGAGCAUAAUGUAGUUGACUUGUACAUCAUUCUCCUUAGAUUUUUAAGUUUGGUUUCUGAAACUAUACCAUAUCAUCGAGAUUAUCAAGCUUCACUGCCCAAUGAAAGAGCAGCAUAUAAGAAGAGAUCGCGAGCUGUGUUGGAUGAGCUUGAAUCUUUGAAGCCCGAAUUUAAACUCCGGGUGGAAAAAAUGAAUGACUCACAUGUAAAAGCUCUAUUGCCUGAAGAAAAUGGUUUCAAUAAGGCUUUGCAGAGUUCAGUGAAUUCAUCUUUGCAAUGGCCGGCUGUCAAUAAACAGCCUGCUGCGGGAUUCAGUUCACAGUCUUCAUGGAAUUAUGAUAAUAUGUUAUCUUUAGAUUCCUGGCCUAUUGACAAGCAGUUUCAGAAACUAUCUGUUAGUCUACCCCCUCCAAAUAAGGAGACUUUGUCCAGACACUCAUUUUUAGGACCAAAUGGCCUUCGGGGCCAAUGGCUUGGACCUAGUGCGGAAAUAAAGGUUCAAUAUCCAAGCAGUGGUGAGCUCACACAGGCCAAGGAUUCAAGCCCGAAUCAGGCUGGGCUAUAUGAUCUUGUGGCAAUUAAAGAUGGCGAUCAAGGACCAGUUACAUCCACAAUGGACUCAGUUCUCUCUUUGGAUGAUGGAAGAUGGUUGCGUCCUGCUGUGGAGUCCUGUUCUCCUGUUGUAACUGAAUCAAGGGAGGACCCCUUACAAUUGCUCAACAUCAAGCAACCUUUGCCGCCUCCUAUUCUUGCUCAGGUGUAUCCAGAACGUGUCCCCAUUCCUCCUUCAAAAGUUGCAGAUCCAAGGCCAGGACCAGCUAAAUCGUCUCAUGAUUCUAGACUUGAUGCAACUACAUAUCAACACCUACAUAUACCUGUCAAAAUGAUGGAAGAGUUUUUAAGAUUGGCUUCGGAAAACACAAGGAAAAACUUGGAGACAUGUGGUGUUCUUGCAGGGUCCCUGAAAAAAAGGGUAUUUCAUAUCACAACACUUAUAAUCCCAAAGCAAGAAUCAACUUCAGACUCGUGUCAAACAUUGAACGAAGAAGAAAUAUUUGAAGUUCAAGACAGCUUAUCACUUUUUCCUUUAGGUUGGAUACAUACACACCCAUCUCAGACUUGUUUCAUGUCUUCUGUGGAUCUACACACUCAUUACUCAUACCAGAUCAUGUUACCAGAGGCAAUUGCUAUUGUCAUGGCCCCUACAGAUACUACAAGUCCACAUGGCAUAUUUCAUCUGUCUGAUCCGGGUGGUGUGUCUGUCAUUCGUAACUGUCAGCAACGUGGAUUUCAUCCCCAUGAGGAGCCUGAGGAUGGAACUCCAAUAUAUGAGCACUGUUCUCAUGUCUAUAUGAAUGCUAACUUGAAGUUCGAUGUUGUUGACCUUCGAGAGCGAUGAUUGAUUGAUUCAUAAAUCAUCAUAUGAGUGUGGGCUCUCUGAUGAAAGCAGUGAUUUACUUUGCAUCUUUUCUACCAGACGCGAUAUUUAAAAUUGCAUUGGUAUAGGUGGAUUCUUUUGUAUUUAUGAAUGGAGAGAAUUACUAAUUGCCAAUUCCUCGAUUUUGUACUAUAUCUGUGAAGCAGUAAAAAGAUAGUUGUGUAUAUGAUACUUUAUACCAGGUGAAGAAAUUAGAAACGUAACAAAUUACUUCUAUAUGAUAUAUUAUGUGGAUAUUUCGUUAA